AUGUGUUUGCAGUGGCCUGCAGUCUCACCCGAUCUUGCACCAAUCGAGCAUGUCUGGGAUGAGAUGCAACGUCGUGUACGUGCGCUGCCUAACCAGCCGGUGACGUUGGCAGCGCUGGAAAUGUGGCUGCGAUUUGUGACUCUGUUAGUAACAGUUACAACAUGCUCAUCAACCAGCGAGCGGUUCGUCUUUUCCACCAGCACGUGCCCGGCUCCCAACGAGUGUUACUGUGGAUCCGUCGUCCACUGCGAUCAAAGAGGUCUGGCAAUGGUCCCUACGUUCACCCCGUCCCGAGAUUACUUUUACGUGCUGGACCUCUCGCACAAUCGUAUCAACUACAUCCCCGCCCGAGCAUUCAAGGGAGUCAACGUCUCGGCCAUUGACAUCAGCUACAACUCCCUUCAGCUGAACAUGGACGAUGAAGCGUUUGUCGGCAUGGAAGACAUUUUGGGGAAACUGAUCGUGUCUAAAACGUCUAUGACAUCACUUCCUCGUUCUAUGGGAAAACUGAGACGCCUGCGGUCGCUGAUAAUCGAUCACACUCUACUGACGUCAUUCGAGGAUUUGGUUCUCCAAGGAUUGAGGUAUACCCUUCAGGAGAUAUAUGCCAGCAAUUCAAAGCUAACCUCCUGGCCGACUUCUGUAAGCUCACUUCGGAAUCUAGUUAGGCUGGAUCUCUCUGGAAACAAUAUAAAAGUCAUUCCACCUGAUGCUUUUGUCAAUUCGGCUUCGGAGUUGCAGGUACUGAAUCUGCAAAACUGCCGCCUUACUGUGUUUCCUGAAACCAUCACGUCUCUGACCAAGUUAAAGGAAUUGUAUCUGGGUGACAACGCCUUUAGCGUAAUCCCGCUACCAUCUUUCAACGGCAUAGCUGGAACGCUGGAAAUCCUGAACAUAACCAACACGGCCAUUCGCCAGGUUCCCAAUGCCAUCAAGAAUCUUCAGGCCCUGAAGAAGCUUUACCUUGGGUCGAACCACAUCACCGCCACCAACGUGGGCAACGACGUAUUCGACGGCAUCAUUUCCACCUUAGAGUUGCUGUCUUUCGACAACUGUUACCUGACCCAUGUUCCGCCAGCCGUCGUCAGACUGAGGACGCUGCGGAUGCUGAACCUCACCGCCAACCACCUGCACGUCCUGGACCAGUACCAGUUCAGCAAGAUGGCGGCACUCCGAUAUCUCGUCCUGAACGAGAAUCUCAUCAGCGUUAUCAAGCACCUGGCGUUCUCCGGACUCGGCAACCUGACGAAACUCUGGUUGUCGCGGUGCGCGCUGCAGUACGUCCCGAGCGGUGCCCUCGGCCAGCCGCCGAAUCUGGAACUGGUGGAUCUGUCCUACAACAGAAUAACACAGCUCGUGGACGACAGCUUCCCUAACAUGAACUCUCUCAAAGACCUGUCUCUGUCCGGAAACCCGCUCACCAACAUAUCCAAGCUCGCCUUCCGUGGGCUGGCGACAAUGGACAGACUGCACAUGGACGACUGUGGGCUUGGCAGAGUGCCGAAGGCUAUCCAGUAUGCGUAUGGUCUGCACAACGUGGAUCUCUACAACAACAACAUCACCUGCGACUGCAGUCUCAAGUGGAUUGCCAACUGGCGGGCGUCUGUCGGUCUCAUACCACACAUCCAGAGUGUAUGCCACGGACCAAACGACGAUCUCAAAUGUGGCUGCGAUUUGGUGACUCUGUUAGUAACAGUUACAACAUGCUCAUCAAACCAGCGAGCGGUUCGUCUUUUCCACCAGCACGUGCCCGGCUCCCAACGAGUGUUACUGUGGAUCCGUGCGUCCCACUGCGAUCAAAGAGGUCUGGCAAUGGUCCCUACGUUCACCCCGUCCCGAGAUUACUUUUACGUGCUGGACCUCUCGCACAAUCGUAUCAACUACAUCCCCGCCCGAGCAUUCAAGGGAGUCAACGUCUCGGCCAUUGACAUCAGCUACAACUCCCUUCAGCUGAACAUGACGAUGAAGCGUUUGUCGGCAUGGAAGACAUUUUUGGGGAAACUGAUCGUGUCUAAAAACGUCUAUGACCAUCACUGUUCCUCGUUUCUAUGGGGAAAACUGAGACGCCUGCGGUCGCUGAUAAUCGAUCACACCUACUGA